AUUCGAUGUCGGUCAGUGUUUACCACACGAACCCUCCUGUCGGUAGUCCAUAACCGCAUGCUGACGGAAGCGACAAAGGUUUUCGCCACCAUCUGCGCUUCCUGCGUGGUGCUGAGCUCACAGGCCUCCUCUUCGAGCGGCAUUUCCUACACCCCCGAUUGGGCAUCUCUGGACACACGACCCUUGCCGGCCUGGUAUGAUGAGGCUAAAAUAGGAAUUUUUAUACACUGGGGAGUAUUCUCAGUUCCGAGUUAUGUGAGUGAGUGGUUCUGGUGGUAUUGGAAAGGCACCUCUCCGAAUCCACAAAUCUGGGUGUACAUGCAAACCUAUUAUCCUGCAGGCUUUGCAUAUUCAGACUUUGCGCGUGAUUUCCGAGUUGAAUUUUUCAACCCAGAGAAAUGGGCUGAGAUCUUCAACUCAUCAGGAGCAAAUUACGUGGUCCUGACAGCUAAGCACCACGAAGGUUACUGUAACUGGCCUUCGCCUGUCUCCUGGAACUGGAAUUCUAUGGACGUAGGCCCACGACGUGAUCUGGUGGGCGACUUGGCUAAGGCGAUUCGGUCAAGAACCAAACUCCGAUUCGGCGUCUAUCACUCCCUUUUUGAGUGGUUUAAUCCUCUAUACUUGGCUGACAAAGAGUCUGGUUAUGUGAACCAGACCUUUGUAGAUCAAAAAACACUGCCGGAACUUAUGGACCUAGUUAACCGUUACCAUCCAAGUAUUAUCUGGUCUGAUGGGGCACCUUCUACAAGCGACUACUGGAGGUCAAAAGAGUUUCUUGCUUGGCUUUAUAAUGAAUCACCUGUCAAAGACGAGGUGGUCGUGAACGAUCGUUGGGGCUCUGAUGCAAAUUGCAAACACGGAGACUUCUUUAACUGCGCUGAUAGAUUUUUCCCUGACAAGCUGAUGUCUCACAAAUGGGAAAGUUGUAUUACACUGGAUCGCUACUCAUGGGGCUAUCGACGAGAAAGUCGUCUAGCUGACUACUUAACAAACGAGGAACUAAUUGAAACCCUUAUCAGUGUCGUUUCCUUUGGCGGAAACCUGUUGGUUAAUGUCGGUCCUACAUCAUGGGGCACAAUCCCACCUAUCUACGAGGAACGCCUCAUGGUCAUGGGACGCUGGUUAAAAAUAAAUGGCGACGCCAUUUACAGGACUGCUCCAUGGCAAUAUCAACAGGACAGCAAACGGAAGAAACUGUGGUAUGUUCAGAAGAAGAAUGGUGUCGACGAUCCAGUAGUGUAUGCCCUUUUCGCGGACUGGCCCACUGGCUUGAAGCAAACACUCACACUCUCUCAGGUAAAAGCAACUGUGGGGCGGUCAUCAUUUACUCUGCUGGAUGGCAAAAAUGGAACGGCAUUGACGUAUACUACUGACCCGGUGAAUGGUUCCGUGACAGUCACUCUGCCACCCACGUCACCAGUUGAGUGCUUCAUUGCAUGGAGCAUACGAAUGAAAUUUGUUCAGCCCAUUUGA